AUGGCGGACCCCGUUGACCUGGCGCUGCCGUCCUCGUCAGCCACUGCGCCUGCCCAGCCACUGCCCAAACCCGCGACCGAGAACACCCCCUCGCAACAGACGCAAAACCUCCCCAUCCGCGAUUCCAAGACCGCAAAGACCCCCGCACCGUCCGACAAGCAAUCCGGCAAGGCCAAGGAUGUCUCCAAGCCCGCUCCAGCCAGCGCUGAUGCUCCCGGUGCCACGGGUGCCGACAAGCCGCUCACGCCCGCGGAGCUGAAAAAGAAGGCGAAGGCAGAGAAAGCUGCCCGGCGCGCGAAGGAAAAGCUUGACAGAGAACAGGGUGGAGCUGGUACUGCAGGCGGUUUAGCUCCUGGAGGUGGCCAGAGUCGUCCUCCGACAGCGCCGAAGAAGGACGCUGCUGGAGGAGGCGCAUCGCAGAAGGGGCAAAAGGCUGUGCCGCCGCGCCGCGGGUCGGGCCCUACUGGCCAGACUGGUGCUGUGGAGCACAAGAAAAAGAAGGAGGAUAAGAGCGUCGCUGUAUUCGGUCACCUUUACGGCCAGCAGCGUCGGACGACUAUCGCUGGCGCGGGCAAGGAAGUCCACCCCGCAGUGCUGGCUUUGGGUCUGCAGCUGCGGGACUAUGUUGUGUGCGGCAGCAGUGCGCGUUGCGUGGCGACCUUGCUUGCCUUUAAACGGGUCGUCGAAUCCUAUACUACGCCCAUGGGCACCUCGCUGGCACGCCACUUAACGACACACCUUUCCCACCAGAUUACCUACCUCUCGACAUGUCGACCACUCUCUAUCAGCCAGGGCAAUGCCAUUCGUGCACUGAAGCUCUCCAUCGCCUCCGUCGACCCCUCCACCCCCGAAUCAGCCGCCAAGGCUACACUUUGCGAUUUCAUUGACAACUUCAUUCGAGAGAAGAUCACGGUGGCUGAUCAAGUUAUUGCUGGAAGUGCCGCCCAGAAGGUUCAGGAUGGCGACGUGAUUGUUACAUUUGCUGGCAGCUCGAUUGUCAAGCAGACCCUUCUCACAGCUCACAAGCAAGGCAAGCGGUUCCGCGUGUCAAUCAUUGAUUCGCGCCCACUAUUCGAGGGCAAGAAGCUUGCUCGUGCCCUUGCCAAUGCGGGCCUGGAUGUGCAAUACUCCCUCGUACACGGCAUCAGCCACGCUAUCAAGGAUGCCACAAAGGUCUUUCUCGGAGCCCACGCUAUGACCAGUAACGGCCGCCUCUACUCCCGCGUCGGUACCGCGCUGGUGGCCAUGUCCGCCAAAGAACGCGCCGGCGGUGUCGAAGUGCCCGUCAUUGUGUGCUGCGAGACAGUCAAGUUCACCGACCGCGUCGCCCUGGACAGUAUCGUCGUCAACGAGAUCGCCGAUGCCGAUGAGCUGGUUUCGGCCGCGCCACCGCAGCAGGUCACCGGCCUGACCGACCCAGUAACCACCACCAAGCCCGCCGACAACAAGAAAGGCACAUCCAGCGCCCCAACCACCGACCCCUCUGACUCCUCCCUCACUGCAUCCUCCUCUCCCCUCACCAACUGGAAGGACACUCCCAACCUACAGUUGCUCAAUAUCAUGUACGAUGUCACCCCCGCCGAGUAUGUGGACAUGGUUGUCACCGAGAUGGGCAGCUUGCCGCCCAGUGCGGUCUCGAUUGUCCACCGGAUGAGCACGAACAUGUGA